UAAGCUUGGAGAGGGCCCGGGGACCAUUAUAUAGCGUCUAAACAUCCAAGAGAGCUUCACAAUGGCUCAGCCUUUUCAGAAUCUCUAUCAUCAGCGCGCAAGUGAUCCCUCACCUUCGUCUAUUGGUUUCGGUGCUGAGGCUUUCCCAAUGUUGUCUAGGCAGUAGGGACGGCCAAGCCAUGGUAACGUUCUUCUCCUGCCUCUACGACAAUCUAGCUACAACGACAUCUUGAUUCUUUCUGGCAUGUUUGGAACGACUCAUAUUCAUCCCUUGUGCGGCCACUCCUCACCAUGAAAAAAAAUUAAAUUAAAUUAAAUUCAAGCUACAUAUGCCGUCGCCAAACUACUAUCGUCCUUGCAACAAUAAACACAACGGAUUUCCUCUACACCUGCGCCACACAUUUGACAGACCCAGGUUUCGCGACCCCCAUGACUCCUGAACCACAGGUAUCGACAAUACCUAAAGUAUCCCAGCAAGACAUCCAAAAGAUCAAAGAAGAAUGGGAGGCCAAACAAAAGCUAACGAAAGAGAAGGGGAAGGAGAAGGAGAAGGAGAAGGAAAUGGAGAAAAAGGAGACCUCGAAUACCGGCGGGAAAUCUCCUCCCCCAUCCUCUUCUUCCGCCACCACUAGUGCCACUGCCGCUGCCACUACGGCAGGCACAAGCGCACAACAACAACGAUCUUCUUCUCCCUCCCAUCCACGAUUCACACUCCACCGCCAAAUAUUCGCCAUGCGUCUCGCAGAGCACAAGAAACGUAGACAAGCCCAACAGGCGCAGGCGCAGGCGCAAGCAGCAGCCGCAGCACUUAAAACCGCAUCUUUAUACUCAAACAUCCCACCUCCACCUCCUUUACCAUAGUGAGCGCUGUUCCAGCGUUCGAUCGAUCUCACUUUCCUUGAGGACCUUCCUCGUAUACAUGGCCCCUCACAUACAUGUUCUCAUGCUGUAUCAUAUAUUUGCAUCCCACCCAUAUAAUGAUGAGCUCGGAGUGGCCUUUGGGCUAAUCACCACCACAUUAAAGAAUUUUUCA